GUUAAUGUUAUGUAAAAUAUGGCGUGUCGGAUAAAUAUUGACAUAAAAUUUUUCUUAUUUUAGAAAACUGUAGUAUAUUCCUAAAUAUGAUAUCGAAAUCGAUUUUUUCAUUUCGUACAAAAAUGAGUCCCAAAGGAUGCAUAGUUAAAACAUUUGUAAAAGAUGCUAAUCAACUUCAUUAUGAAUAUUUGGCUGAUAGUGUUAUUCCAACCAAUCAUUUUCAAGCGAGUCUGCCUAGACUUCCUAUCCCAAAAUUGGAAGACACAUGCUUCAGAUAUCUUAAUUCACAAAAAGCAUUGUUACCUAACAUAAAGGAAUAUAAUUUCACUGAAAAAUGUGUUACAGAUUUUUUAAAUAAUGAUGGACCAAAGUUACAACAACAAUUAAUUGAAAAAGAUCAAAGAAAUAAACAAAAUAGUUAUAUAUCAGAUCUGUGGUUUUCUUAUUAUUUGCAAGAUCGAAGACCCUUAGCACUAAAUACCAACCCUUUUAUCAGUAUUAAAGAUGAUCCAAAACCUAGAUACAAUUCUCAAUUAUUGAGGGCAACCAAUCUAAUAAUUUCAUCAAUAAGGUUCAUGAAAUCUUACAAAAGCAAUACACUGGAACCGGAUAUAUAUCAUCUCAAACCCCAAAUCAGCAAUACCCAGCUCUGUCGUUUUUUGUGCAAAUUGACACCAAAACAACUUAGCUUUUAUACGUCCUACAUGUUUAGUGCUUUCCCGUUAGAUAUGUCUCAAUAUAAAGAUUUAUUUUGCUCAUCCAGGAUACCUCACUUAGGUACGGACUCAAAUUUUACCCAACCCAACGAUAAGCCAAAUUUAAUUGUUUCUUGUUCUGGGAGGAUGUAUUCAAUUACUCUUUUCGAUAAAAAUGGUGCCAUUCUUCCAGCCAAUGUUAUAUAUUCAAUAUUGAGUCGAAUUAAAACGCUUAACCAAGGCACUCCGAAUCCACCACGCAAUAAUGUUGGUCUCAUGACUGCAAUUUGCGAUAGAAACGAAUGGGCCGUUUUUCGGGACGACAUGAUAAGAGCCUUCAGUCAAAAUUUCGACUUAUUGCGAACUGUAGAUUCGGGCUUUUAUGUUUUGUGCCUGGAUGGCGACUGUUCCGCCAAAACAACCAUUGAUAUUAUUGAUGAGCGCUCGCAAUUGGCGAGGAAUUUUUUGCUAGCUCCUUUGGAUGCCACCUACAUUAAUCGAUGGUUUGAUAAAUCAUUUCAGUUAAUCGUAGGCCCUGGUGGUCAAGCAGCUGUAAAUAUGGAACAUUCUUGGGGAGAUGGCGUCAGUGUAGUUCGAUUUUUGACGGACAUAUAUAUUGAUUCAGUCACCAGGCCUGCUCUAGAUCCCAAAGAUGCAAACACCACGGGGCUUAAAUAUGAGGAUUUUAUUACAUCUAUAGAUUUCAAAUUGAAUUCUGACUUGGAGAAAAAAUUGACUAAGGCGAGUAAUAAGUUGGUAGCUUUGAAUCAAAAUUUUGACAUCCAAGGAUUACAAUACGAUAAAUUUGGCAAAAAUUUUAUUAAAUCCUGUGGUCUUAGCCCAGACUCUAUUUUACAACUAUCAUUUCAGAUGGCAAAUUAUAAGAUACUAACACGCACAUCCGCUUCCUAUGAAUCUUGUAGUACCGCCGCAUUCAAGAAAGGACGAACUGAGACAAUUAGACCUGCUACCCUUGAUACCAAAUCUUUUUGCAAAACAUUUCUGGAUAAGACUUUCAACCUCUUACCCGAUGCGGCCAAAGAUAUGGUUAGAAGCUGCUCUAAAACGCAUUCCAAAUUGACGCGAGAAGCAGCCAUGGGUCAAGGAUUCGAUAGGCAUCUCUUUAUCUUAAAGCAUUUAUCGGAAGGUACGGGUAAAAAUUUACCAUCUAUUUUCACGGAUCCCGCUUACGCCCUCAUGAAUAAAAAUAUUUUAUCCACUUCAACCGUCGAAAGUCCCAUUAUAGAAAUGGGCGGGUUCGGUCCCGUCGUUCCAGAAGGAUUAGGUAUUAGCUAUGGUAUCGAAAAGGACAAACUUGGAGUCUUUGCUACAAGUUAUCGCGAUUCUGGUUCCAAAAUGAAUUCCAAAAUAUUUAUUCAAAAAGUUCAAGAAAGUUUUGACGAUCUUCAUUCACUGUUUAAAUCAUAGUCUUGAUAUAUAUUAUACUGCGAAGUGGUCCUAUUUUAUUUGCUAACCUAUCUGGUUACUUGUUAACCUCAUUAGUAUUAUAAAGUUGUAUAAUAAAUUUACUUUUGUUUUUUAAUUUUUAAAAGGAAAUAUUUUAAAAAAUGAUUUAAACGAUUUAUAAGCCAAUUUUU